AUGGCAAUCUCCAAGUGCUUUUUAGCUUGUCUCAUUUCUUCUUUCCUCUUUAUUUCCAUGAUUCAAGCACAUGCAAAGAUCAUCAAUACUAAUGGGAUUGGAGAGCAUGCUCUUGGUGAUUUCAAAAUAGAUUGUGGAGCGGAAUGUUCUAGAAGGUGUGCUCUAUCAUCAAGGCCAAACUUAUGCCACAGAGCUUGCGGCACGUGCUGUGCUAGGUGCAACUGCGUGCCACCUGGCACUGCCGGCAACGACGAGGUCUGCCCCUGCUGGGCCAACCAGACUACUCACGGCGGCAGAAAAAAGUGCCCUUGA